AGGCUGGUUGGCACAUAUUUGGUCCAAGUUGCAAUAUAAGACAUGAAAAUUAUAUCUUCUAUCAGCAAAUUGGGGGACCAGAUAUUGCCCCUGUAUCACCAAUUUACCAGCCAGAUGAUGCAGGUUCUGUGGAAGAAUUCACAUCCAAAGCUAGAGCCAGUGUAGUUAUGCUUGUCCCGAUUGCAAUGGCUGCAGCUUUUUUGGGUUUUGCAACUUACGUAUGUUUUCACUGGAAAAGAAAACUUAAAGGGGGAGAAACAACUGAUGAAAUUCUGAUACAGAAGUUGGAGAAUUCAAAGAAGCCCCACUUUAAAGAGAAAGGAACCGCGAAAGAUGAGUACAACAAUGGAGGAGUUCAAAACUAUAGUUUGAAGACCAUUAAGGUCGCAACAGACUAUUUCUCAGAAGAAGCCAAGCUAGGGAAAGGAGGAUUUGGACUCGUUUUCAAGGGGAAGUUGAGUAAUGGCAAGGAGAUAGCAGUUAAGAGGCUUUCAUUCAAAUCAGGGCAAGGCCUUGAAGAGUUCAAGAAUGAAGUGACAUUGAUAGCAAAACUUCAACACAAAAAUCUUGUGAGGCUUUUGGGGUUCUGUCUGGAAGAAAAUGAAAAGCUUCUGGUCUAUGAAUACAUGCCCAACAAUAGCCUUGAUACCUUCUUGUUUGAUCCAAUAAAACGUCAACAACUAGAUUGGUCUAAGAGGAGGAGUAUUAUAAAGGGAAUUGCCAGAGGACUCCUGUAUCUGCAUGAGGACUCAAGGCUAAAAAUUAUCCAUAGAGAUCUAAAAGCAAGCAAUGUGUUACUAGAUGAAGAGAUGAAUCCAAAAAUAUCAGAUUUUGGAACUGCUAGAAUUUUUGGCAGCAAUCAAAUUCAAGCUAGUACUGAAAGAGUUAUUGGCACAUAUGGAUAUAUGGCACCUGAAUAUGCUUUAGAGGGAUUAUUUUCCAUCAAGUCAGAUGUUUACAGCUUUGGUGUCAUCAUGCUAGAAAUUAUCAGUGGAAAAAGAAACACCGGCUUCUACCAACCAGAACGUGGUUUGAGUCUUCUCUCCCAUGCAUGGCGACUCUGGAAUGAAGGCAAAGGACUUGAACUUGCGGAGCGUCAAUUGGUCAACACUUGCCUGGACAAGGAUGAAGCUUUGAGAUGGAUCCACAUUGGGCUUCUAUGUGUUCAAGAGAACCCACAAGAUAGGCCCACCAUGUCAUCAGUUGUUCUCAUGCUAGCAAGUUCCAGCAAUCUUCCUUUCCCAUUUGCUCCUCCAUUUUCAGUCGGCAGAUUCUUCGCUGCUUUUCAGUCCUCCACAACUGUUUCCACUAAGAAAGUUUCAUGUGAUUGUUGAUUGAGCCCAGUAUCCUCACUUGCUGUAAUUAUUAAUGAGGAUCUUCGUAGAAGGAACUUAUUGGUUGACUCAACUCGUAUAUUAUACGUUUCGCUGUUGGCUUUAUCUCAGUUUUUCAUGAGGAGAAAG